CUUAAAGCAGCGCGCGGCUUGUCCUCCUGUGUUGAUGUGUCGCACUCGCAGAUUUCAGAAAGUCAGGGAGGCAGGUUCAGGGAGUUUUUGGAGAGAGGAAAGAGAGAGAAACAGAAAUCAGAGCAGCAGCAGUGACACUUUCCGGUAAUAUAUAACUAUUUUUGUUUCGGCACUUCUCAAAUAAACCAGCAGAGACCCAGUAGUUGUUUGGAGCGAUGGAGCGCUCAUCGAUAGGACUCAUAGGAGACCAAGUGUUUGCUGUGGAGUCAAUAACUAAGAAGAGAGUGAGAAAGGGUAAUGUGGAAUAUCUUCUGAAAUGGCAGGGAUGGUCCCCAAAAUACAGUACUUGGGAACCAGAGGACAAUAUUUUGGACCCGCGCCUCGUCCUGGCCUACGAAGAGCAUCAGCAGAAGAUCAGAGCUCUGGCGUACCGGAGGAAAGGUCUCAGACCCAGGAGGCUCCUCCUGCGGAACAUCUUUGCCAUGGACCUCCGAAGUGCAAGCAAGGCCUCGGAGAAACCCCCCCCUCGAUUACGACUCUCCCUCACCCGAUCCAUGAGUACAGAUGUGGACCAGGGUGAACGAGGCAGUCUGUACCGACGUCUGGCCCGGAGGAAGAGCAGACAGAGGGUGUCCAUAUGUGGGUCUGAUGGACCCUCAAAGAAAGAUAUCCACCCCCUGAAGACGAGGAGAGUGGAACCCAUUGAGGAAGACUGGAGUGGCACCAGCGAAGAAGAGAAGCAAGAGUCCGAAAGCAUCACAGAGGAGACGUGUGAAGACAGUUUCUAUGAGUGCAGCUCCCCACCCUUGCUGGAGCGAGAGGACUUAGAGACUGAGGAGGAGGAGGAGAAGUCGGACACCGAGCUGGCAACGGUGAGCACAGAAACAUGGACUGACAGACCGGGAGGAUGGACUUCGGAAACGAUUCAAACCGUUGUGUGCGACCAAUCAAAAGACAGUGAUUCAACUCCCAAGGCUACACUGGACGAUGAGGUUUCUGUGGAGUCAGAUUGGUUCAAAAGUGAGGAUGAAGUAGAGUCGGAGUGUCCCAAAUUGGAGAGCAGCAUUUCUCGACGCAACAACACAACUUCGGUGAUAGUGAGUCUCCGAGGGAGCAGCGACACUACAGACUCCACCACUGAGGAGCCGGCGAAUAAGAAGGAAGAAGGGUGCGACAAUCAGAGCGAAACGGAAACAACGCCUGCUGAUCCCGCUGAGGAUGAACAUCCCAGAAAGGUGAUAUCUACUGACGUGACGAUCAACUGUCUGACAGUGACGAUUAAAGAAGCCCCGGUGGCCAAAGGCUUCUUCAAGGGCUAUUAAAGGUUGAGAUAAAAGAGAGAUUCAAAUAACCAUAAGUAGACUUGCCACUCAUUUUAUACGUGUAAAUAGUCGUGUUUGUUAGUUAAGUCCACACGUUUACAAAGAUACACUCAUUUCCUACUGAGUUCACUGAAGACAUUGUUGCCUUUAAAUAAAUAAAUCAUUUUAUUAUUGUGGCGCAUAUAUAGAGUGGUGCAGUAAUAGCGAAUUUCUGCAGGCCGACAUGGAAGUUAGCAUUGCGAGAGUUUCUCACUGACAAAAAGCCAAUGGGAUUUUUACAUUGGAAUUUAAAAUAUUCCAGAAAAUAAGAUCCAUGGCGAACACAUUUUUAUGAUACUUAUACAGCAGGAUAAUCUCUGAAUACUAAUGGCACUUUAUGAUAUUACAAGCAUUAAUGCUAUCUCCAGAAGUAAAAAGCUAACGUUAGCUUCAAACGAACCAUGACAUUACGGCCGUUUCUCAAUCGCGAGGAUAUUGGCUUCCAAGCCAAUAUUUCAAGGACGCUACGUCAUCGAGUGCCGCCGAAGGACUGUUCCAAUCUCCAGCAUACUUGGGAUUCCCCCGAGGCCGCGUCCUUGGUUUGGGGGAAAUUUCGAGGCUGCACAUGGGUAGACUUCGCGUCCUUAAAAUCCCCACAAUGCUUUGCGCACGGUCCAAUUAAAAAAACCCUUGCAGAGAAUGGCUGAACCGACGCAGCACACAUUUAAAUGUAAGUAUGUAGUGGCGUAGAACAUGUGUUGGUAAAUAUGUACGCGACUACCAAGCCAGCAUCCUCGCGAUUGAGAAACGGCCUACGUCUCCACCGCUAAGCUAACGGCUGCUACAGUAAAGUUGACGUUAAGUAGUCUUUUUUAGACUCUUCUUAACAAUCACUCACACAUAAGGGCUUCAGAAAUGUACCAGUGGUGUAUUUACUGAAGUAUUUUGAAGCGUAAAUGCAAUCGCCAGAAGAAAAACACUAACUUUAGGCUGAAAACAAACUACAGCAUGGUCACAUGACUUAAAAAACAAACCAUAAAAAUCUCUUAAGCUAGUUUUUUACCAACUAAUUGAGGCAUCUAACCACAAUCACGUUAGAAAUACCGUUGAGUUUUAAAUGAGGGAAACCAGAAGCGUUAAAAUGCUGACUGGUUUCAGGACUCAUUCCUGCACCACUCUAUCAGGCGCGAUAGGAAGCCAGAGGCCCCAAAAAUAUCCUCAAAUCAUCCAUAGCACUCCAGAGGAAUACAUAGAUAUCAGUGGCAGGUUUCAUUCCAGGGGUCGCCUGGACUACUGACUGACAGCAUAUGUAACAGUGCACAUUACUACUUCCAUGCAGCAGCUACUUAUAUUCCGGUCGUCCUCAGUGCUUUCCAGCCAGGCGCUCAAAUCUGUUCUCGGGGCCUGUUUCAGUCGCCUCUUUUCUUACAAAUAACGUUUUGUAGAGAUGUUGCUCUAUUCUUUAUGUUUUCCAGUAUUCACAGAGAGAUUCCUGCAUGCCCUGUCAGUCUGUGCCACACAGAGCACUGUCCUGCUGUCUGUUGAAGGGGUUUAUUUCUGUCACAAAAGACAUAAAACAAAGAGGAAAUAAAUGAAUGUCUGCCGCUUAGAUGAAGUUCUGCAUUUCAAGGAGGCUAAGAUGCACAAAAUUAAGUACACAGUUGUGUUUGCUGUCGUCUGUCCUUUUGCUUUUAAAGCAUGAAAUACUUCCUGGUUCUAUUUUUGUAUUACCAAUUGAGUCCAAUCUUUUCACUAGCCUUUGUGUAUUUCAAAAGAGGAGAUAUCAGUUUACACCGCCGCUGCUCCGAUGUGUAAUAAAGGAAGCAAAUGUGCAUUAGGUUCGACUGUAAUGACCAUUUAUUUAUUGCAUGUCACAUGUAUAAGCUAAACUAACUUAUGUCACUUAUAUGUGUCUUUCUCUGACAAAGAUAAACUGUCAAACAUAUGUCUUCUCUUGAAAAAUGUAUUUUUAUUUCGACAUUUCCAAUAAAUAUGUAUUAAAAUAA